AUGAUUCGGAAAGUGCUUUUAGGUGCAUUGCUACUCGAUGCAGCAGUGGCGCUUUACUUGCCUGGCCUUGCACCGCGGGAAUACAGCAGCGAGGAGGUGGUGGAGCUGAAGGUAAACAAGCUGACUUCGGCAAAGACACAGCUCCCUUACAGCUACUACACCUUGGCUUUCUGCACGCCUGCAGAUGGUGUCAAAGCCACGACGGAAAACCUUGGUGAGCAGAUGAUGGGAGACGUCAUUGAGACAUCGGCAUACAAGAUCAAGUUCAUGGAAGAGAAGACCUGUGAGAAACUUUGUUCAAAGACUCUAACCAAGCAGGAGAAGGACAAGUUCCGGAACAUGAUAGCCGACGAGUACCUGGUGAACUGGAUGGUUGACAACCUUCCAGCCGCCACCAAGUACAGUCAGACAGGCUCUGAUUUUGCGUACAUGAACGGGUUCCUACUGGGCAUUGCGCAGAAGGGCAAGUACUACUUGCACAAUCAUGUGAGUCUGGACUUGGAGUACCACUCGAAUCCAGAAAAGUACGAGGGUUUCCGAAUCGUCGGCUUCCAGGUUGAACCACGGUCUUCCACACCGAAGGGUGGAGAGCCAGAUUGCUCGACCAGCGCGGUCGCGUUUGACUUGGAUUCCUCAGACGAUGUGGUGUUCAGCUACUCUGUGCACUGGACGGAGAGCCCUGUUAGAUGGGCAUCUCGCUGGGAUGCGUACCUCAAAGUGCAAGGGCAGGGCCAGAUCCAUUGGUUUGCGAUUCUGAACUCCCUGAUGAUUCUCCUCUUCUUGUCGGGAAUGGUCGCCAUGAUCCUCCUGCGCACCCUGCAUAGGGACAUCGCGACAUACAAUCAGGUGCCCACCGAAGAGGAGGCGAAGGAAGAGACAGGUUGGAAGCUUGUGCAUGGGGACGUUUUCCGCAAGCCGCAGUACUCCACCCUACUUUGUGUCGUCACGGGCUCCGGCAUGCAGCUGCUGGGUAUGUCCGUCGUGACAAUCAUCUUUGCACUCUUGGGUUUCCUCUCGCCCGCGCACCGUGGAAGCUUGCUUCAGUCUAUGAUGCUGCUCUUCACCUUGAUGGGCGUGCUUGGUGGCUACACCUCGGCGCGCCUGUGCAAGGUGUUCGAUGGAGAUGAGGGUCGCUGGAAGCUGACCACCUUCAUGCAGGCUUUUCUGUUUCCAGGCCUCUUCUUCAUCGUCUUCUUCGUUUUGAAUCUCUGCAUUUGGGGCGAGAAGUCUUCCGGUGCUGUGGCCUUCACGACCUUGUUCGCCAUCCUGGUGCUGUGGUUUGGAGUGUCCGUGCCGCUCGUUUUCUUCGGCGCCUACACAGGAUUCAAGAGAGACCGAAUAGAGCUGCCAGUUCGGACGAACCAGAUUCCACGUGCGAUACCAGAACAGCCGUGGUACAUGCAGCCUUUGGCCACGUCGCUUGUGGGUGGCAUCCUUCCCUUCGGUGCUGUGUUCACAGAGCUCUUUUUUAUCAUGUCUUCGAUCUGGCUGCAUGAGUUCUAUUACUUGUUCGGCUUUCUGGCCCUGGUGCUCCUCAUCGUCAUGGUGACGUGUGCUGAGAUUUCCAUAGCCCUGACGUACUUCCAGCUCACCUCUGAGGAUUACCGGUGGUGGUGGACUGCCUUUGCAGCGAGUGGCAGCUCUGGACUAUACGUCUUCCUUUAUUCCAUCAUGUACUUCAACUCACGCCUACAGAUUCGGCACUGGGUCUCCAUCCUGAUGUACUUUGGGUACAUGGGCAUCAUGUCCAGCAUCUUUGCGCUCGUGAGUGGCGCGGUGGGAUUCUUGAGCACGUUCCAGUUCGUCAAGGGUAUCUAUGGCUCAAUCAAGAUUGACUAG